AGUAUGAAGAUGACGCACGUGAUGUGAGAUGUCUCAUGCUAGCCACCAUGACCCCGGAGCUCCAAAGGCUCCACAAGGACAUGGAAGCUCAUCCUAUGAUGACUCGCUUGAAAGGUCUAUACCAAGGCCAGGCUAGACAUGAGCGUUUCAAAAUCUCUACGACUCUGUUUUCCAGUAAGCUGGCAACGGGUAACCCAGUUGGUCCCCACGUUCUCAAGAUGAUCGGUCAGAUCGAAACUCUUGAAAAACUGGACGCCCCGUUGCACCCUAUGCUGACAACUGAUCUCAUCUUGGGAUCAUUACCAGCUGAGUAUAGUCAAACUGUAGUGAACUUCUACAUGAACAAACUAGAGAUGACUAUGCCUGAGCUACUGAAAUUCCUCACAACUACUGAGGAGAGUCUAGGGAAGGGCAAGGACCUCUUACUGGUUCAGCACUUAAUGGUUCAGACCUCUUACUGGUUCAGCACUUACCCAUUCAGAAGUUACCAAACAGCCCCUAAGUCUGUCCUGAUGGUAGAGGGCAGUACUAUUGCGAAGAAGAGUGGGCCAUGUUCGCCGGCCGGGACCAAGCGCAAGGGUUCUAAGAAACCCAAGCCAGCGUCCAACUCCUCUUCGUUGAAACCCAAAGAAAGAGCUAAGAAGAAGUCUGUUGUAUGCUAUUAUUGUGGCAAAAAGGGCCACUGGAGGCGCAACUGCGCAAAAUUACUGGCAGAGAGGAAAGAGGGAAAGAAAUCUCAAACCUCAGGAUCUGCAUGAACGUAGACAAUUGACGGAGGGAGAGAUAUAACUAAAAGUCGGCAAUGGCGCACUCGUAAAUGCAUUAGCCGUCGGAACCUAUAGUUUAUCUCUACCUAGUGGUCUUGUAUUGCAGUUAAAUAAUUGUCUAUUUGUACCCAGUAUGAGCAGAAACAUCAUUUCUGUAUCCUGCCUUGACAAAGCAGGAUUUUCGUUCGUUGUAAAAGACAAAACUCUUUCAGUCUUUAGAAAUGAAAUAUUUUAUGCAACUGCAAAAAUGACCAACGGUCUCUAUGUCCUUGACAUGGAUACCACAAUAUAUAACGUAGAUGUUA